AUAAAAAGAAAAAGAAAGGAGUUCCGCUUGCACAAGUGCAAGGAGCUUCUUUGGCAGGAGAAGUAUAGCAGAAGCUUUUUUGGUUCCCGAGAAAAUAAAGAAAGUCUCGUUCUUUCUGUCUCAAAUUACUCUCAGAAGUAAAAGAUGGAGGGUUUUCAAGAAUUUGAGCCCAUUUUUAAUGAACCCAGAAUUGGAUGGGCAAAGAAUUCAAACCCGGGUUCGGGUUUGAUGGAUCAAUUCUUGAUGCAUAUAUUUGCUCCUGAUGACAAUCACCUUAAAAUUCAAGUAACUGAUUAUCAUUCCAAUACUUUUGAGGCUGUUAAAUCAGUUAUGCAGCUUGAUGACAUGAGGGAUUGUAUUGGCAUUGGAGGGUCUUGGACUGAGUUUGUUGAGUACCUGGUUGCUUCUUUUAAAGCUGACGAUGUAAAGCUUGUCCUUGAGAAACUUUCGGAUUCCGAUGGUGUGGCAUAUGCAAAAUUAGUGGCUCAAAAAUCGAAAGGAAUGCCACUAAUUUCCAUUUCCCUCACAAAACUUCUGGACAAUGCAGCUAGGGAUGCCAUGGCAAACAUGUCUUUUGGGCUAUUCAAGGCAUUCAAAUGCAUGGAGAAUUUGGUUGUACAAGAGAAAGAGCACUCUUUGCAGUUGACAAAAGUUAUAUCAGCCGAAAAGAAGAGGAGUGAAAAUAUCCAGAGUCAAUUGGGAAAGAGACAGAAGUUAGAAAAGAUGAAUUCUUCAGACAGACUAGAUGUUUCUGGUCCUCCAGCCAGUAAUGGAGCACAAAAUUCUCCAGACAAACUAGCAGGCCGAGAUCCUGCCUCAACAAAAGUUACCAAUCGUGUUGUACCGGCAUUUCGCAGGGCAAAAGUGAGGGGUGCCUUACUUCAGGAUAAAGAAGAUGACAAAGAGAACUAGAAGCCAAUCUGACAGUUCGUUUCAAUAUGUACUGCAAUUAAAGAUUUGAGAUUAGGAUUGUGA